ACUUACCUAAGAACCUAUACUUAUUCACUACUUACGAAUUUUUUUCCAUAUAAUUUUUAAAAUCUUUCACUAUAAGAAAAAAUACGAAAAUGAAGAUAAAAACUAUAUACUGGUAACAUUUCUACACCGUAUAUUGAUUGCGUAACAUAAAAAAUUCAUAUUAUACUUAAAAUAUAAGUGAGUUUGUGUAGUAGUUAUGCUAGACAUCAACUUUAGAUAGAAGGGCUGAAAUUGUCAGACGUUUUAUUUCCAUUUUUUUUUCCAGUUUUUCAGUAAGUUAUUAGCUUUUAUAUCGUAUGCUUGUUUAUCAUCAGAUUCGGUUAAAAAUCAAUUUUUUUUUUCUUUUUGAUAUUUGAAACACGUCUUUCUCCUGUGCAAUUUAGUGUAGUUUAUAAAAUAUUUUUUAAAAAUUAAAAUUGAUUUUUUUUUUAUAAAAAAAAAAAGAAAACUAAAAACAAAAAUUAAUAUCGCUUUUUUUGCAAAGUGAUGUAAAAAAAAUUGUCAAAUAUUUAAUCUACGGAACUUUUUUUAGUGGAUAUUCUGCCAGACAAGAAACAAAACAUCUUCGUCAACACUUCACAUAUAUGUAUAUAUAAAAACUCCUCUUACCAUACCUAUAUUAAGAAAAAACAAAAAAAAAAAAAAAAGAAAAACAAAAAAAAAGAAAAAUUGAAAUAAAGUCAUUUUUACCUUCAAGAAGUGUAAAUGAAGCAACACAAUUUAUUAAAAAAAAAACUUCACUUAAUGUAGAAAAGAAAAAAAAAAUUGGAUUAUUGAUUGAUAUGCAAGUGUACAUGUAAUUAACGUUAUUAAAAUUAUUAAAAAAUUAUAUAUAUAUAUUUGUAUACAUAUGUACAAAAUGGACUUUGAAACUAAAGUAACAGAUUAUGAAAUUUAUGAAUAUGAAAAAGGUGGUAAAGAUGACGCAAAAGAAAAAGUGUAUCUUAUAGAAACAUUUUAUAUUACUUCCAAAAAAAAUAAUGUGUUCCAAGUCAAAUUAACUUCAAGUGGGUUGUGUUUACAUAAAGAAACUAGUAGUACUGGUAAUACAAAAGAGCAAUUAAUAUUAUUAAAAGAUAUUAUUGGAUGCCGUUGUUUAAGAGCUACCAGACGUAAAAUUCAUGGUUCAUGUACAUGUUCAUCUGCAUUACAAAGUCCUACACAUAAUGCAAAAAUUAUUGAAGAAAAUCCAGCUAUAUUAGCAUCAAGUGAUAUUAAUGAAGCAGAUGUUAGUGCAUAUUUAUAUAUAUAUGCAUAUAUUAUUAAAAAAAAUAAAAGAAAUCGUACAACAUUAACAUUACGAUUUAGAUCAUUUGAUACAUACGAAGAUAAUAAUAGGGAAGCACAAAAAUGGAGAACAGCAAUUAAACAAUUAAUUAAAGGUGAAUUACCACCAUUUAAUAUUACAAAAAUUAAUGAUAAUAGAAAAAUAUUGAUAUUACUUAAUCCAAAAUCUGGACCAGGUAAAGCAAGAGAAACAUUUCAAAAAAAAAUUAUACCAUUAUUUAUUGAAGCAGAAAUUGGUUAUGAUUUACAUGUGACAAAGAGAAGAAAUUUUGCAAAAGAAUUUGUACGAUUAAAGAAUAUAUUUAAUUGGAGAGCGAUUGUUUGUGUAGGUGGUGAUGGUAUUUAUUGGGAAGUAAUUAAUGGUAUUAUGGAAAGAGAAGAUUGGCAACAAGUAUUUGAUUCAGUACCAAUUGGUAUAAUACCAUGUGGUUCUGGAAAUGGUUUAGCAAAAUCAAUUGCUCAUAAAUAUAAUGAACCAUAUGAUUCAAAAACAGCAAUUAUUGGUUCUGCAAUUAGUGCACUUAAAGGUAAAACUGAAAAAAUGGAUUUAGUUCGAAUUGAAACAAAAUCACAAAUAAUGUUUUCAUUUUUAUCGUGUGGUUGGGGCUUAAUCUCAGAUGUUGAUAUUGAAAGUGAACGUUUACGUUCUAUUGGUUAUCAAAGAUUUGCCCUUUGGUCAGUUCAUAGAUUAAUAAAUUUAAGAACUUAUCGUGGAAAAAUAUCAUAUAUACCAAUUACAACUGAUACAUCUGUACAGAUUAGUAAUGAUAACGAAAAAGAAGAAAAAAAUGAAAAUUUAGUUGAAAAUGCUUCCAAACCAAGCCUAAAGCAUAGCUUUAGCUGUAAUGAUUCAAUAUUAAGUUUUUCGGAUUGCCAAACUGAUGGUGAUGGUGAAGACACAACUGAUAUGUUAUACUUAGAAACAUCAAAUAAUAAAACAAAUUCACAGAGAAGGCCACGUUUAGAUAGUUGGUAUUCAGUUGCUUCCAAAAAAAGUGCCUAUUUUUCAACAUCGGAAAGUGUUUAUCAAAGUGUACACGAUUUAAAAUCAAAUAAUGAUGAAUCAAUUGGUAGUGAAAUAGGUGCACAAGUUAGAAUGUUUGGUCCAGCAUCUAAUAUACCAGGUUUAGCUGGUCCAAUAUUACAAUCAAAUAAUGAAUGGGUACAUGAAGAAGGUCAAUAUAUAAUGGUUCAUGCUGCUUAUCAAACACAUUUAGGUUCAGAUUGUUAUUUUGUUCCGUCCGCAACAAUAAAUGAUGGUAUUAUAUGGUUAUUAGUAAUACGAGCUGGUGUAUCAAGAUCCCAAUUAUUAUCAUUCAUGUUAGGUUUAAGUUCUGGUACGCAUUUAUCUGUUUCUAAAAAUGAUGAUCAUUUUCAAAUGAUACCUGUUAAAGCAUUUAGAAUAGAACCGAUUGAAGGUUCACAACAUGGCAAUAUAACAGUUGAUGGUGAAAGUGUUGAAUAUGGACCUAUACAAGGUGAAAUAUUUCCAAAAAUGGUUAAUUUAUUAGUUCCAGACACUGACUGCUAAAAUUUAAUUAUAAUGUAGAGAAAAAUAAAAAAAUAACGUAGAGUAUAAUUUAUUAUUGUUAUAAUAUUAGGUACUUAAAAUAUAGGGUGUAUGGAUAUAAAAAAAAAUUUUUUUUAUUUUUUUUUUUUCUUUGUCUAUAUGUGAUUUUUUGGUAUAAAAAUUGUUAAAAAUUACAAAAAAAAACGAAAAACAAAUUUUAAAGUAAUUUUUUUUUUUCAGUAGAAUAACAAAGAACAAAUAUACUAAAAUUGUUAAAUAAUUUAAGAAAUUUAAUUGUUAAUUUUUCAAUUAAUUAUAGAAAAUAAUCAAAAAGUAAAGAAAAUUUGUUUAAAUAAUAAAACAUAAAAAAAGAAAAAGUUUGAAAAAUAACAAGAAAUAAUGGUUAAA